AGGCGCGCCGGGGGGCUCCUUCGGUGGCGGGCAGCCUGCGCGCCUGGGGCCUCGGCAGAGCAGAGGACACGGGCCGCUGUCCCCGGGACCUCUGGGCCGGGCGGCCCUCAGGGCGCCGGCGCCCCAAUCUGCAGGGGCAGCUCCUCCGGGGCCCCCCAGGUGCCGCUGACCCGGGAGCGCUACCCCGUGCGGCGGCUGCCCUUCUCCGAGGUGUCUGAGGACGACCUGGCCGCCUUUGAGCGCCUUAUCCCCGGCAGGGUGGUCACGGGCCCUGAGGAGGUGCAGGCUUCCAACGUGGACUGGCUGAGGUCCCUGCGAGGCUGCAGCCGGGUGCUGCUGCGGCCGCGGACGGCCCAGGAGGUGUCCGGCAUCCUCAGGUACUGCCACGAGAGGAACCUGGCCGUGACCCCUCAGGGCGGCAACACCGGCAUGGUGGGCGGCAGCGUGCCCGUCUUUGACGAGAUCAUCCUGUCCACCAGCCUCAUGGACCAGGUCCUCAGCUUCCAGGACGUGUCCGGGGCACUGGUGUGCCAGGCGGGCUGUGUGUUGGAGCGGUUGAGCCAGUUUGUGGAGGAGCGGGGCUUCGUCAUGCCCCUGGACCUGGGCGCCAAGGGCAGCUGCCACAUUGGGGGCAACGUGGCCACCCACGCAGGGGGCCUGCGGUUCCUGCGCUACGGCUCGCUUCGGGGGACCGUGCUGGGCCUGGAGGUGGUGCUGGCAGAUGGCACGGUCCUGAACUGCCUGACCUCCCUGCGCAAGGACAACACCGGCUACGACCUGAAGCAGCUCUUCAUCGGCUCCGAGGGCACCCUGGGGGUCAUCACCGCCGUGUCCCUGCUGUGUCCACCCAAGCCCCAGGCAGUGAACGUGGCCUUCCUCGGGUGUCCAGGCUUUGCCGAGGUCCUGCAGACCUUCCGCACCUGCAGGGAGAUGCUGGGCGAGAUCCUGUCAGCCUUCGAGUUCAUGGACGCCGAAUGCAUGCAGCUGGUCGGACGCCACCUCCACCUGGCCUGCCCCGUGCGAGAAAGUCCGUUUUACGUCCUGGUGGAGACCUCGGGCUCCAGUGCCGGCCACGAUGCCGAGAAGCUGACCGCCUUCCUGGAGCACACGCUGGGCUCCGGCCUGCUGACCGAUGGGACAGUGGCCACUGACGAGAGGAGGAUCAAGAUGCUGUGGGCCCUGCGGGAGCGCAUCACCGAGGCGCUGAGCCGCGACGGCUAUGUGUACAAGUACGACCUGUCCCUGCCGCUGGAGCGGCUCUACGACCUGGUCAGCGCCGUGCGCGCCCGCCUGGGGCCCGGGGCCCGGCACGUGGUGGGCUACGGCCACCUGGGGGAUGGCAACCUGCACCUCAACGUGACGGCGGACGCCUUCAGCACGGCGGUCCUGGACACCCUGGAGCCCUUCGUGUACGAGUGGACGGCGGGGCAGCGGGGCAGCGUCAGUGCCGAGCACGGCCUGGGCUUCAAGAAGAAGGACAUGCUGGGCUACAGCAAGCCGCCCGAGGCCCAGCUGCUCAUGCGGCAGCUCAAGGUCUUGCUGGACCCCAAGGGCAUCCUGAACCCCUACAAGGUGCUGCCCGCCCAUGCCUGAUGUGGCCAGGGCCACCGGGGGUGCGGGUCCAGAGCCGCCGGGGCAGCUGCAGACCUCCACCUGAGACUGCUGCCUGCAGGAGGGCCCGGGUACGCUGGGCUCUCAGGGCCAAGCUGGGCAGCAGUUUCGCCCACACAAGUGGCCCAGGCACCCGCCCGCCCGGCGUGCCUUGGUUUGGCCCAGUGGGAAGCUGCCGGGGCCUGUGCGGGUACUUGGGAGCUGGGUCAUUGGGGGCGUCUUAGUGUUGGGGUCGAGUGGCUGGUCCCUGCUGAGCAGCCCGUCUGGGCAGGCAGGGCGGAGCUGGGCCUGUGUGAGCUGCAGGUGAUGUCGCUGGUCCUGGGGCACCCGAUUAUUUCUAAGCAAUAAACUGAUUCCUGCUG